GCGUGGGUAGACGCUGCUCGCGCUCUCCUCUCUUUUCCUCGGAAUUGGGGUUCCUGUCCCUGAUAGUGCUGGAAGUUGAUGUUUGGGCAAGAAUAUAAGGUGUUAGUAUCGUGUGUGUAACGUCCCAGUACGAGUGUAGUGGUAUCCACAGACACAUACAAGUGGAGCAUAGCUAAAAAAAACUUCAUCUUGGUGUAAACCCAUGUAUAUGUAUAUAAUUACACAUACGUGACUAAAUAUGGAUUCAAGAAAUUGAUAGAAUUGAAGACCAGCAGUUGAAGGGAGUGUCCAUACGUCCCCACCUCUUUGUUCAAGAUGUAUUCCUGAAGAAGUUUGAGACGAUAAACGAGAAGUGGCCAUGAGUGGCCACGAGCAUCGAAAGCUGAUCAAAUGCAGCAGCACCAGCAUUAUCCAGCCCCAGCCCUGAUGACCUGAGUCCGGACACAUUCCACCUAGGGCUGUUGUUCCCCCUCCUGCUACACCUCCACAACACACGACACCUUCCCUUGUCCAACUGCACUCUCCAUCUAGCCCUGGAGGAAUCCUCACACUUCAAAGCCCUACAUACUUCCUUGAAGAAUACCAACACCAUUAAUAAGACUUAGCCCAUAUAUAUACAGUAUAUAUAUAUAUAUAUGUAUAUAUAUGUAUAUAUGAAUAUAUAUAUAAAUAUAUAUAUAUAUUUAUAUAUAUAUACAUAUAAAUAUAUACAUAUAUAGACAGUACAUACAUUAUUUUGUACCUUUUAACUAGACACUUAGGUAUUUAGUUGGUGUGGUCAAACAUUCCAAGAUUGUUGGCAAGCUGGAGGAAAAAGGAAAGAUGUCGUGCAUCAACAAGAACCUCGUCCUACUCAAACUUCUUCUCUUCACCUUUUAUGGGGCUCUUGGUUGCCUGAUGCCAUUCCUGACAAUCCACAUGCGAUACAUUGGGCUGAGCAUCCAUGAGAUCACCUGGAUCAACUCUGUCCUGCCUCUCACCUCGCUCUUUGGCCCUCCACUUGUUGGCAUGUUGGCCGACCGUUUGGGCCACUACCGACCCAUCACCAUUGUCUGCAUGAUCUUUGCUGCACUGAUGCAUACAGCUCUAUUGUUUGUGCCAUCGUGUGAGGUGUCACCAGCAGUUGAACCCCCACUGACACUCCGGUGUGACUCCCUCGGGGGUGCUCUGGUGGUAGACUCCUGCGGCCAUGAUUGUCCACAGCCAGUUGGUUUCCACUCGUCGUCCUUUGUGGUUACAGAGUGUCGUAACGUGUGCAGAGAAACCAGUACAAAACCCACCACAACAGAUGAAGAGCUGGAUGAAGCCGAGAGAUUCGUGGUUCGUGGAACACCACCCGUCAUGCGUUUCCAUGCCUCGGGUAAAAAGGACUACCGAACAUUCAAUAAUGAUACGAUAACACUACAAUUCAACAGAACAUUAGAACCUGCACGACAUAAAAGAGAAGGUGACACGGUGAUGUGUUACUACAAGCUGGAAGACUUCAGUACAGAUAUCAAUCAGUACACAGGCCUCACGUGUCAAGCGGCCCCGUACUGUGAGGUUAUCUGUAAUGCUACUGAACUGGUGAAUGGGACUCGGUUUCUACAGAGGCCUCUUUGCUCUACAAUCAAGGGAAACCCAAAGCUAACACUGUGGCUUUAUUUCGCUGUUAGAGCUGUUGCAGAAAUGCUGGCUGCCAUCCUGGUCUCAUUGUUAGAAGCUGUGGCCCUCACAAUGGUCCAUCAGUACAAGGGAGACUAUGGCAGGGAGAAGAUGUUUGGUUUACUGGCUGUUGGAGUAUUUUCACCAAUCUCUGGAUAUCUUGUUGACACACAAUUUGGAACCUUUGGUAGCUACAGUUAUGCUCCAGUUUUCUACGUGUUCAAUGGUUUAAUGUUGGUAACCACGGCUGUCACUAUUGUUCUUCCUAUUGAAGUACAAGUUCAGAGAAUGAGUUUGCUGAAAAACAUGAGAGAGCUGAUCAACACCACAGAGCUCAGCAUCCUCCUGGUCCUGAUGACCAUGCUUGGCACAUUCUGGGGAUACCUUAAAACAUUUGUUUAUGUCUACUUGGAAGAUCUGAGCGCAUCGAAAUUGCUCUUGGGCCUUACGCUUUCCUUUGGAAUUGUGCCGUCACUGCCGUUCUUAUACAAGAGUGCUGCUGUAGUGCAGUACUGUGGCCACCACUACCUCAUCAUGCUGGCCUUUCUUGGAUACUGCAUCAGAUUUGCUGGGUUAUCAUACAUCACCAACCCGUGGUGGGCGUUACUGCUCGAGACACUGGAACUGUUCACACUCAACUUGAUGAAUGUCUCGGCCGCAACUUUAGCAUACAAGCUUGCUCCUAAGACCUUCGUGGCGACAGCCCAAGCUUUAGUUUGGGUUUCACAUUUUAAUAUAGGUCGAUGCAUUGGUACAUUUGUUGGUGGGCAACUUAUGAGCCAGUAUGGGGAGGUGCUGGUGUUUCAGGGAGCGGCCAUUCUGUCGGCAACGUGCGCAGCCGUUUACCUCAGCAUUCAUCAGCUUAUUAAAUACUUAAAAGCAAGACAAAAUGUUCAGCCAAAACCACAGCCAAGCAGAGAAAAUGGAAAUGUUCCAAAUGGCCAUUAUACCCCACUUCAGGUUGCCGAUGAAAAGUUUUGAUCGGAGCUUCACCCUAGAUCUCCUCGAGUUACCAUGUUCAAACAAGAGGAAGUUCGGUGAUACUGAACACUAUAUGGCACUGUGAUAAUCCAGUUUGAUCCGAGUGUAUCUUAGAAUCCUGAGUGGCAGGAUAGUCAUGUAAAUAAGAUCUACAUACGAUUAUAAUUAGUGAUAAUAGCACGUACAAUAUGCUGGAGACACUUUCCAGGUAAUAAACGAAUAUGCAACUUUUCAUUUCCUUAGAAUGGCAUGUUCACUAAGUAAGCGUGGCAUGUUCAUUGAGUAAUGUGACUUACAAAUCUUGAUCAAUGGCAUCUUAACCCUUAAACGGCUCAGCAUAAUAAAAGUCCUACAUCGUGGUGUGCAUGGAAACAAAUACUGUAGUUCACAAACAUUGGUACAUAAAACUGCAGGCGACAAUUCGAGCAAAGGAGGUAAUCACAGAUAGCGACAGGAGCCAUUUAAGGGUUACAAGAAGAUGGCUCAUCUUCAGAUUAGUUUCCAAUAAAAAAAAAAAGGAAAAAAUAAUUGAAAAUCAAGAAAAUGAACACAGGAUAUGAGUAUUAUGGUGCUAAAAAUGCAGUGAUUUAUAACCAGACAUAAUAUUGCUAAGUCAGUAGUGUACAAGGAAAGUGGCCAUGUUUAUUUAUGGUCAUUUU